GGCAAGAAUGAGGUGGUAUGGGAAUGACAAGACUAGAAAUAAGGCGUAUGUGGCGAGAAGAGGAUGAUGGAGAUGAUGCACAAGGAAGGCGAAAGAGAAAAGGACCAGAGAGAAGGAUUAUGAAGGAAGACAAGCUUGUAAUGGCUAAAACUGAUGGUCCAUAAACACGACUUAGAAACAGAAUCUUAUGAAAAAACAACAAGGAAAUGAGAAACAGAACCAGGAAACAGGUGACUAAAGAAAUACAUACAGAGAGAGAGAGAGAGAGAGAGAGAGGGGGGAGGAAAACCGAAUUCUAAAACACUGCGCUGCAUCUUCACUACUUUUUAAAAGGCUCUACGUGGUUAAAGUGACACCGGUUUUUGAGGAUGUUUUUUACUGUUGUAGUGACAGAUCAACGAGAUUUCUACAUUAUUAACAAGAGAAACAGUCUUGAGAACCUGGCUACUCAUCUCUGUGGCCUCAAAAACCAUCUGUUGUGAGAGAGCAAAGAGUUUCUAAAUACGGGCCAUUUUAUAAAGUUACACUAGGCUUGAUUUUACAAUUCUAGCGACAGUUUAACUACACUUUAACAUUAUUUACACGACAAACACUCUUAAAAACCCGGCUAAUUAUCUCUGGCCUUGGAAAAUAGUAGUGGUGAGAGAGCAAAAUGUUUCUGCAUACGAACCAGAGAGAGAGCCGAGGCGAGGACGCAGGUGAAGGAAGGACCACGGGCACGGGAGUAUAUUGGUGGCUCUCUCUAACUCAGUCCUCAGUAUGACUCAAGCAGCGGUUGGGGACGGUUACCUCGCCCUCGCCCUCCUCCUCCACCUGCCUCUCGCCUCGCGCCCCAGGCCCUCACAGCCCUCACGAUAGCAAUGGCCUCGCUUCGGCUAGCGGCGGCGGCUGUGGUGGUGGCGGCGGGGCUGUGGUGGAGUGUGGUGGCCGAUCCUGCCCUGCCCGCCGCGUUCAGGGAUAAGACUGCCAGCUACACCACCAGGAAAGAGUCCCUGGAGGAGGUGGACUUGCUGCAGGCCAUAGCGGUGCCGUUCGAGGACCCUUCCACCCAGUACUUCGUCACGGGGUUCGAUGGGUUCCCUGCUUUUGGCUUCAAGGUCGGGGCCAGCAUCAAACACCCCUUCAGAUUGUUCCUGCCUGAAAAAUUCUACAGGGAAUUCUCGAUACAAGCAGCAGUAAAACCAGACACUGAAGAAGGGAUGUUUCUCUUUGCCGUGACGAACCCUCUGGAGAACCUUAUUCAGCUGGGUGUCUCCCUUACCCCAGGCCUCCCGGGCACCACCAACCUCUCUCUCUACUACACAGACGCAGAGAGACACAUGACGUCGCAGUCCCUCGUGUCCUUCCUCGUGCCGCAGUUCAAGGGAGUCUGGACAAGGUUCGCCUUCAGAGUUACUACGGACGAGGUACAGCUGUGGUUCAACUGCCAGCGGUACAAUGAGUUGGCUGUGCAGAGAGUCCCGGAACAGCUUGUAUUUGACUCCGCCUCGACCCUGUACAUCGGCCAGGCGGGGGGAAUUUUCAAGGGAUUCUUCGAGGGGGCACUGCAGGAGUUGCGCAUCUACAACUCCCCCGACAUGGCACAGGUGCAGUGCAACAACCAUUUUGCGGUGAGUGACGCGUUAACAAAGGGAAUUCACAGGUGAGGCAGAGAGACAGACAAACACACACACACACACACACAGACACAGGUGAGUCCCCCGUGGCCACAGGUGCUAAUUAGACCGUCAAGGUGCCUUCAGGUGCUACCAACGCGCAGGUAAACAUCAGGUGUCCUUGAAACUAAGAGAAAAUUACAUUAUUAUUUUCAUUAUUAUUAUUAUUAUUUUUUAUUCGUAUUUAUUUCUAUAGUAUUUGUUUGUUAUGUGUGUGUGUGUGUGUGUGUGUGUGUGUGUGUGUGUGUGUGUGUGUGUGCGUGCUGGGUGUUGUAUGCAGUUUCAGUUAUAGAGAGGGGAGUUAGGGAGUGUUGGGGGGUGAAGAGGAGGGGGGAGAGGUUGGCCGUAUAACAAUAACCCUCUCUUCUUCCUCCUCCUCCUCCUCCUCCUCCUCCUCCUCCUCCUCCUCCUCCUCCUCCUCCUCCUCCUCCUCCUCUUCCUUCUCCUAUUCUCCUUCACAUCCUCCUUCAGAGUCUAAUUCUUCUUGUCUUCUCUUUACUAUGCUGUUCUUGCUUCUUCUUCUUCUUCUUCUUCUUCUUCUUCUUCUUCUUCUUCUUCUUCUUCUUCUUCUUCUUCUUCUUCUUCUUCUUCUUCUUCUUCGCUCCUUUCUAUCCAUAUACCUUUACAUCAUCUGGUCUCUCCUCCUCCUCCUCCUCCUCCUCCUCCUCCUCCUCUACCCAUUUCUAUCCACCCCCUUCUCUCCCCCAUAACUGUCUAACAAACCUCACCCAUACCAACUUUCUCUCUCUCUCUCUCUCUCUCUCUCUCUCUCUCUCUCUCUCUCUCUCUCUCUCUCUCUCUCUCUCUCUCUCUCUCUCUCUCUCUCUCUCUCUCUCUCUCUCUCUCUCUCUCU